AUGAAUAAUAAUAUUAAAUAUGUAUUUUUAAUAAUUGUAACAUUGGUAUUUAUUAAUAAUGUCUAUUCAGAAUCAACAAAAAUUGGAGUUUUAAAUAAAGAUGAUUAUGAUUAUAUAGAUAAAUUAGUUAAAGAUUUAUUCAAGGAAAACCCUUUUCCAAUUUUAAAUGUAGAUAAAGAUAAAACCUAUUAUGACUACUGUUCAAAACCAUUAUUUAAAUGUAAUAGUGAAACUGGUCAUUUAUCAGGAAUGCAUUUAACAUAUGACGCAGAUUUGUGCAAGAUCAAAUCAUUGAAAAAUGAAAUCUCAAAAUACGAUUUUACUAUCAUGGAUAGUAUUGAACUUUCAUUAUUUCCAUUUGGUUCUCCAAAAAUUUUAAGCAAACUCAAUGCUCGUACAGUGAAAAUAUCACGAUGUCAUAUUGAUUCGCUUUUAAUUGAACCAAACCCAAAUACAAGAGAUUUAUUUGUUGACUCAAAUGACAAUGUUAAAGUAGUGAUGAAAACUAUGGGAAUGAUUGAAAAUUUCACUCUCACAAGUUCAUUUGUAAGAAAUUCAUCAAAAACCAUUACAUUUGAAGUAAAUGAAGACGAAGAUGAAUUUAAUUUUAAAAAUUGGGACGUUUAUUCAACAAAUGUUCCUCUUUUCAAAUAUUUUCAUUUUGAUACAUUAAAACUUACAAUUUUAUCAAAUGAAGGUCUUGACAAAACUAAUAAAUUUGAAGACUAUACUGAGAUUACAAAUUUUUAUUUGUAUAAAUAUAAAUAUUUUGAUUUUGAUCCUAUUCCAUUCCCAAGUGAAAUUUUUAUAGAUAAUCAAGAAACCAUGUUUUUUGGUACAACAUUUAGAAUUUCACCUCCAAAUGAUUAUUUGGAUAUUUCAAAAGCAUCUUCCUUACUUGGAUUGUCAUUCUCAAAUGCAGAGGGUUUUUUUUAUAACGAUAACAACACACUCCAAUUCCCAUUUUCAAAAUUCCCUGAAGAACUUGAUCAAUUUUUUUAUAAAAAUAACAACCAAAGUACUCCACUUCCAGAUAUUCAAAAACUCUUUGAAAAUACUAAAAUUCGUUAUUUAGUUUUACCAAAUAAUAAAUUUAGUGGUAAGAUUAGUCCAAUUAACAUUCCAAGUUUAAUAAAUUUAGAUUUAUCAAAUAAUGAACUUGUAGGUAAAUUAGGAGAUUGGAUUUGUGGUAUUGAUAGUUUAAAUGUUCAACAUAAUAUUCUUCAAGGUAAUGUUCCAAUUUGUAAAAUAUGUUAUGGUAGUGGUCUUUCAUUGAUUGAGAAUAAUAAUUAUUUCGAUAGUAGAGAAUGCAACGAAACAAUUCUAGAAAGUUUAGACAUAACUACUAAGGAAUAUAAUAUUUCAAAAACAAAUGAAGAUAAGGAUGAAGUUUAUUCUAUGAUCUAUGAAUAUAUAGUUAAAGGUGAAGGAUUGGCUUAUGGUGAACAUAAAUUUACAACAAACCUUAAUGAUUAUAAUUAUACUUUAGGAGGUUGGAUUCAAGUUGGGAAUACCUAUAAACUUAAUACCACUAAAAUGGUUGAAUCUAUUGAUUUCUUUUUCAACACAUCGUCCCCUUUUUCUGCUACAUUUGCAACUAAACCAGAUUCAAAACCAAGAAUUAACUCAAUUAUAAAAACAACUGAUGAAGUCAAGGAUCCAAAAACCGAUAAAUACACAAUUGAAGGUAUAUUUUUCUCUUCAUUAAUAUCUGAUGUUUCAGUUUCAUUGCUUGAAGAGGGUGAUGACGAAUACCUUUCUCAUCCAUGUAAAGUAUCAGAGUCAACAUUCUAUUCAAUCACUGCAUCAUGUCCAAAUGAAUUACUUUUAAAUUUAAUUCAAGUUAAAGUGGGUCAACUUGAUACUGGUCGUGUUGAAUUCAAUUCAUCUUCGUCCUAUAGUAAAAUGUGUAAAUCGGAAUGUAGUGAUAAAGUAAAAGCAAAUGGUGGAGGUUGCAAUUAUGAUGUUGGUCUUUGUAAAUGUCAUAAAAGUAAUUGUAGAUCGGUUACUGUCGAGGUCACUGGUCAAUGUCUCAAUGAUGAUAAUGGUGAUGCCUAUUGUAGUUGUAACGAAAGAUGGGAGGGUACCCUUUGCGAGAUCGGAACUUGUUUUGGUUAUGAUGGUUGUAAUUCUCCAAAAGGUGAAUGUGAUAAAGCAACAUCAAUGUGUCAUUGUUUAGAUAAAAAUUUUAAUAAUGAUUAUUGUAAUGGUACUAGAACUAUUCCAGAUGGUAAAAAUAACAAUAAUAAUAAUAACAACAACGGUGGUGAUGGAGAAAAUGGUCCAUCAUAUGCCGUUGGAGUUAUCUUCCUUUUCGUCGUUAUCAUUGGUGUUGCUAUCUUUAUCUAUAAAAGAUAUAUUGAUGGUUCCUCAAAAUCAACCACUUCAAAUGGUGUCAAAUUUAAAGUUUUAAGUUCAAAACAAGAAGAUGAUGAAGAAGAUAAUUUAUCAACAACAAGAAAAGGUUAUGAAGAAUAG